AUGAAAAGCCUCUUGACCCUGGCUUGGUUCCUGGCUUGCAGUGUGCCUACUGUGCCGGGGGGCUUGCUAGAACUGAAGUCGAUGAUCAAAACGGUGACAGGAAAGAAUGCCCUGAUAAACUACGGCUUCUAUGGCUGUUACUGCGGUUGGGGAGGUCACGGGACCCCCAAGGACGGUACAGAUUGGUGCUGCUGGGUGCAUGACCGCUGCUAUGAGUGGCUGGAGGAGAAAGGCUGCUACUACCGGACACAGUCAUACAAAUACAGAGUCACACGGGGCCUGGUAACCUGUGAGCUCGGGCACCUCUGCCAGGUGAAGCUCUGCGCCUGUGACCGGAAGCUGGUCUACUGCCUGAAUAGAAACCUGAAGAGCUACAACCCCGGCUACCGGUUCUUUCCCAACAUCUUCUGCACCUAG